CCCAUCACGUCACGUCUCCCUUCCGAAAGCUCCGCAGCACCCAACAAAUCCCACACAUCACACACCAAUUUUUACCAUGACCACCACACUCCCUUCCGCCGAAUCCCUCGUCCACUCCUCAAGCAAGCGCACGCGCGCCUUCUUCGCCGCGGACUUCGCCGGCGCCGCGCUCGACGACACGACGGCGCACAAGUCGCUGCUGACCGCGAAGCUGCGCAGCGAGUACGACGGCGUGCGGACGCUGCCCGCCGCGCUGCAGGCAAAAAUCGAUGGUGCGGCUAAGAAGCGGCGGACAACGACGACUGGCGGUAGCGGUGGCAAGAAGCAGCAGCAGCUGGCGCUCGCGGGUACAGAGGAUGGCGUGGAUGUCGGCACGCAGAGGCUUAUCGAGGGCAUUCCUGCGGGUGAUGGGCAGGGGAGUUUGGCGCUUAGCUUGAGGCCGAGGGGGGCGGGGGUGGGGACGGGGUUUUUGCCGGGUGCGGCGGGACCUGGCGCGGGGACGGGUCUCGUCCAUAGGGAGGCCAUACAGCAGGUUAAGCCGAAGUGGCACGCGCCGUGGAAGCUGAUGCGGGUUAUUUCCGGGCAUCUGGGGUGGGUGCGGACGCUGACGGUCGAGCCGGGGAACCAGUGGUUUGCGACGGGGGCGGGGGACCGAACCAUCAAGAUUUGGGAUCUGGCGUCGGGGUCGCUGCGGUUGACGCUCACCGGACAUAUCUCGACCGUGCGCGGCCUCGCGGUCAGUCCGCGCCACCCCUACAUGUUCUCGUGUGGCGAGGAUAAGAUGGUCAAGUGCUGGGACCUCGAGAGUAAUCGCGUCAUUCGGCAUUACCACGGGCACCUGAGCGGUGUGUAUGCGCUGCAGCUGCAUCCGACGCUGGACGUGCUCGUUACUGCAGGACGAGACGGCGUGGCGCGGGUGUGGGACAUGCGCACGCGCACCAAUGUCAUGGUUCUCGGCGGCCACCAGGGCACGAUCUCGUCGCUGCUCACACAGGAGGCGGACCCGCAGAUCAUCACCGGGUCGAUGGACAGCACGAUCCGGCUGUGGGAUCUCGCGGCGGGGAAGUCGAUGGCGGUGCUCACGCACCACAAGAAGAGCGUGCGCGCGCUCUGCUCCCACCCAAAGGAGUUCACGUUCGCCUCUGGCUCCGCGGACAACAUCAAGCAGUGGAAGUGUCCCGAGGGCGCGUUCAUGCAGAACUUUGAGGGCGCUGGCGGCAUCAUCAACACGCUUUCAGCCAACGAAGACGAUGUCCUCUUCUCGGGCGCGGAUAAUGGCGAAAUGUGCUUUUUUGACUGGAAGAGCGGGUACCGCUACCAAAGACUCGAUACUACCGCACAGCCGGGAAGUUUGGAUGCUGAGUUGGGGGUGUUCUGCUCGACGUUCGAUAAGACGGGGCUUAGACUCAUCACUGGAGAGGCGGAUAAGACGAUCAAAAUAUGGAAACAAGACGAGAACGCGACGGAGGAGACGCACCCGCUAGAUUGGAAGCCAACAUUACAGAGAAGGAGACAGUUUUGAUGUACCAAGCGUUUUCGUUUUCUGUUUUCUGUUUUCUGUUCAAGGGUUGGUGACGAGAUGGGAUGUGGGGAUAUCACUCAUGCAUGUGUUUUUUAUAAUAGAUCAGUCUGGUUGAUGCAUCGGGAUCAUGAGUUUGUUUGGACGGUUGGGGCUACUACAUGCUGAUCGUGGUUUUCUGGGAGCUUUGACGAACGAUGAUACCAGUGAGUUCACGAGAAUUGGGCUCUGCAUGAAGUAUCAUUCGGACUACCUAGCACUCAGGCUAUAUCUACCAUCUACCUCAGCCAUGCACAAGGUAUCACCACAAACAGAAGAAAAGAAAAGAAAAGAAAAAGUGAAAAUCAAGCCGAAAAAUCUCUAGGAUGUGACGUAGGUAACGAAAUGACCAGACCAG